AUGAAGAUGAAUACUCUUUUUUCAACAUUUGUCUUUUUAACAUUUUUUCAUCUUUCUUUGAUUUCUUGUCGCAAAACAAUUAGUUAUCGUGUUGGAAAUGGCUUCACUCUUGACUUUAUCCACCGUGAUUCUCCUCUUUCACCCUUCUAUAACCCGUCAAACACUCAAUCAAAUCGCCUUAGAAAUGCCUUCCAUCGAUCAUUUUCACGUGCUUCUUUUUUCAAGAAGAGUUCCCUUGCUACUCCCAACACAAUACAAUCGGAUAUUUCACCAAUCCCGGGUGAAUACCUCAUGAAAUUAUCAAUUGGAACCCCCCCGGUUGAAAUUGUAGCUAUAGCUGAUACUGGUAGUGACUUAACAUGGACGCAGUGCAUGCCUUGUGAAAAUUGUUUCCAACAAUCAUCACCUCUUUUUGAUUCGAAGAAAAGCUCCACUUAUAAAACUGUGGGGUGUAAUGUUGAAGUAUGUACAUCACUAGAGGGUUCAUCUUGUGUGAAAGGAAAUGUUUGUGAAUAUCAAAUGAGUUAUGGUGAUCAAUCACACACUAUUGGUGACCUUGCUUUUGAUAAAUUCACUUUUCCUUCUACUUCUGGUGAAAAUGUUGUGAUUCCGAAUGUUGCCUUUGGUUGCGGUCAUGACAAUGGUGGAACGUUUAAUAAUUAUACGUCUGGUAUUAUUGGUUUAGGCGGUGGUAAAGUUUCAAUGAUCAACCAACUGGACAAAGAGAUAAAUGGGAAAUUCUCUUAUUGUUUGAUCCCAAUUCCAUUUGACUCAUCAAUUAAUCCAAAUAUUACAAGUCACAUCAACUUUGGGAAUAGUGCCAUUGUGUCUGGUCCUAAUGUCGUUUCAACUCCCUUGAUAAAAAAGGAACCAUCCACAUACUACUAUCUCAACUUAGAAGGUGUCAGUGUUGGAAAUAAGAUGUUGAAAUUCAAAUCUUCUAAGACUUCUCCUUCUGAUAAUGCUAGUGGUGGUGAUGGUCAAGCUGGUAACAUUAUAAUCGAUUCUGGCACUACAUUAACACUUUUGCCUAAUGAUUUUUACUCGAAUUUGGAAUCAACAUUGGUGAAUUCAAUUCGUGCUAAUAGGAAGGACGAUCCAUCAGGGACUUUUCAUCUAUGUUACGAGUCUCAGAAUGAUACUAUCGAUGCUCCAACAAUUGUUACACAUUUUACAAAUGCAGAUUUAGAGCUAUCGCCAUCGAGCACGUUUGCAGAAAUUGAACAAGGUUUGGUUUGUCUUACAAUAGUACCUGCAGAUGAAAUUGCUAUAUUUGGAAACUUGGCACAAGGAAAUUUCUUAAUUGAAUAUGAUCUUGUGGCCAACAAAAUCUCCUUUCAGCCUACAGAUUGUACAAAAUACUAG